UUUAAGUGUUAACCAAAUUCGGGUGUUUAGUAAACAGUUUUACCUUAUUCGUUUAUCUUAUGCCCCAAGAGAAAUCCUAAUAUACUGUUAUUGUUAUUAUUAUGAAUUACUAUUACUAUUACUAUUCUGAGACGUAUAGCAGUAGAUUUUUUUCACCACAUUAAAUCCGAGUAAAUCCCGAUACUAGACCUCGCUAAAUAGUAAUUGUUAAUUACUAAUUAGUGUUUAGUUGAUGCUUGAUGGGCGAGUAUCGCACUGGCCGUAUUGCCGAAGUGUUAACUAUUAACUAGUUAUCAAUGUCUGUAUCAAAAUACUUUGCUCAACAAAACAAACCAGAAACUGAUGAUUUAGCUGAUUCUUUUAUAAAGUUAGAAAAUGAUCUUGUAUCUCAGUUAAAACAUUUGAAUUAUGGUCCAGAUAUUGAAUAUAUUUAUAAUCCAUUAGAUUAUGCUUCCAAUUUACACAAGACAUUUUUAAAAAAGUUUUUACUUACAAGCAAAAAAGUAUUAUUCUUAGGCAUCAACCCUGGACCUUGGGGAAUGUGUCAAACUGGUAUACCAUUUGGUGAAGUUAAUAUUGUCAGAAGUUAUUUAAAAAUAGAUGGAGAAGUAUUAACACCCACAAAUUAUCAUCCUCAAAGACCAAUUAAUGGUCUUAACUGCCAUAGAAGUGAAGUGAGCGGCAAACGAUUAUGGGAUCUUUUUAUUGAACUCAGUAAAGACGAUCCAUAUAAGUUUUUCAAAGAUUGCUUUAUUCAUAACUAUUUCCCCUUGGCAUUAAUGAAUAAAAAUGCUAAGAAUAUCACACCAGGCGAUUUAAAGAGUGAAUACCAAAAAAAAUUACAAGAAAUCUGUGACAAAUCAUUAAGUGAUAUAGUUACUUUACUUCAUACUGAUACCAUUGUUGCUAUUGGAAAAUAUGCUGAAAAAAGGUCUAACGAAAUAGUCAAGAAAUUUAAAUUAAACAAUAUUAAGGUUGUACUUAUUCCUCAUCCCAGUCCACGCAGUGUUGGCACAGCAGAAAAAUGGAAAAAUGAAACAUUAAAUCAACUUAAAUCAUACCAUAUUCUCCAGUUGUUCAAAUAAAAAUGGAUUGGAGUGCUCAUAUGAAUAUAUCAUUAUGUUUAGCUAAAGAAGCAUUAGAAGUAGGGGAAGUUCCUGUUGGCUGUAUUUUUGUUGAUAAUGAUGGUAAUAUUUUAGCUUCUGGUCGUAACACUGUAAAUGAAACAAAAAAUGCAACUAGACAUGCUGAAAUCAAUUGUGUCGAUACAA